AUGGCAGAGGAGGACACUUCACCUUUGCAGCAUUUCGUGGUGGCGAAGAGGACGAUCAGCGCCGUGUUUGACCAGCUGCUGGAGUUUGUUAAAGAGGGAUCAGAGUUUGUGGAGGAGGCAUGGAGGAGUGUGGAUCUGGAGCAUGUGGCGGAGGAGGAGCAGUGCACGCAGAUCCAGGCCUGCUCCAGGAAACUGGCAGCUAUUAAAGAGGUCCUGGCCCGCAGACACAUGAAGGUGGCCUUCUUCGGCAGGACGAGUAAUGGGAAGAGUACAGUAAUUAAUGCCAUGCUAAGGGAACGCGUGCUGCCCAGUGGGAUUGGCCACACCACCAACUGCUUCAUCAGCGUGGAGGGAACAGACGGAGAACACGCCUACCUCACAACUGAGGACUCCGAGGAGAGGAAAAGUAUAAAGACGGUUAAUCAGCUGGCUCACGCUCUGCACAUGGACAGAAAUCUGGACUCUGGCUGUUUAGUGCGAGUUUUCUGGCCCAAGACCAAAUGUGCCCUGCUGAGGGACGACCUGGUGUUGAUGGACAGUCCAGGUACUGAUGUCACCUCUGAGCUGGACAGCUGGAUCGAUAAGUUCUGCCUGGACGCUGAUGUUUUUGUUCUGGUGGCCAACUCGGAGUCCACGCUCAUGAACACAGAAAAGCAUUUUUUCCACAAAGUGAGCGAGCGCAUUUCAAAGCCCAACAUUUUCAUCCUGAACAACCGCUGGGAUGCGUCCGAAACCGAGCCCGAGUAUCUGGACGAUGUGCGAAAGCAGCACAUGGACCGCUGUGUCAGUUUCUUGGUGGACGAGCUGAAGGUGGUGGCUCCGGACCAGGCGUCUAACCGCGUUUACUUUGUAUCUGCCAAGGAGGCUCUGAGUGCCAGGAUCCACCGGGCCCAGGGCAUGCCAGAGACUGGUGGUGCUUUGGCUGAAGGAUUCCAGGAGAGACUGCAAGAGUUCCAAAGCUUCGAGAGAACAUUUGAGGAGUUUAUCUCCCACUCAUCCGUGAAGACCAAGUUUGAGCAGCACACAAUCCGAGCCUGGCAAAUCACAGAGUCAGUCAAGGCCGUCAUGGACGCCAUUAAUAUCGCCUCAGCAGAAAAGAAGGUUCUGUCUCUGGAGGAGCGAGAGGCUCUCAUGGACCGCCUGGAGUUUGUGCGCAAUCAGCUUAACUUUCUGACUGAGGAAACCAAAGACAGGAUAAAGGUCAUUGCAGAUGACGUCUCCUCCAAGGUAGCCAGUGCCAUGGCGGAGGAGAUACAUCUCUUGUCUGUGAUAGUGGAUGAAUUCUGCUCAGAUUUUAGCCCUGCAGCUAACGCCUUGGCUCUGUACAAAACUAAACUGAUGGCGUAUGUGGAGGAGAGGAUGGUAAGGAACUUGGCUGUUCGCUGCUCCAGCAGUAUCGGUGGCUGUGUACUUUCAUCACAGAGGGACUUUAUAGACACCAUCAGUCCUCUGCUGCCCCCUGCUGCCCGAAGCCACCUGCACAUGCAUGUUCCGAGCAGGAAGUUUGAGAUGGCCUAUGAGCUGAACUUCAGGGCUCUCUGUGCCGACUUCCAGGAGGACAUUGAGUUUCAGUUCUCCCUGGGGUGGACGGCCCUGGUCAACCGUUUCCUGGGACCAGCUAAAGCGAGGCAAGCCCUCAACAUCCUGGACAAGAACUUGAAGGCCUCCUUUCACUCCGCUCCCAUGAGAACCGAGGCCCAGGAGGAGCUUGCGGUCUCCGUGGCAACCGGACUGGCCUCGCUCACAUCUCGGGCCUCCAUGAGCAUGCUGGUCAUUGGUGGAGUGGUAUGGCGUUCUGUGGGAUGGAGGAUCAUUAUCUUUUCUGUAAGUCUUUACGCCCUGAUCUACGUCUAUGAGAAGCUGACCUGGACCAACAGCUCCAGAGAGAAGGCCCUGAAGCAGCAGUUUGUGGAGUUCGCCACCCAGAGGCUGCAGGCCAUCUCCCACAUCACCAGCAGCAACUGCGGCCUGCAGGUCCAACAGGAGCUGGUGGGCGUCUUUGCCCGCAUGUGUCAGCAGGUGGAUAAGAGUGAAAUGGAGCUGGAGACGGAGAUCCGUAAACUCAACGCCAAGAUCCAGCGGCUGGAAAGCGUCCAGAGACACUCCAAAACUCUCAGGUACAAGGCCACAGAUUUGGAGUCUCAGUUGGAGUCUUUCUCAGCACAAUAUCUAAACACUCAACAGUGA